AAUAGAACACUCAUCGUGGAAUGAAGAGGAAACUAUUUUAAAAUUCUAUCUUUUGGCUUGAUUAAGUGUUUAUUUAUAGAUAAACUCCUCUGUCACUCUUCUAGUUCUAUCAAUCAAUCAGGAAGUUCAUUUUAAAGAGAAGAUAUUGCUUCAUCUGGUAAAAAAAUGGAGAACAGUAAUAAUUUGAAAAGGAAGCACGUUGUACACACUAGUGAAAGCAGUGAAAAUCAUAUCAUCAAUGAUCCAUCUUGGUUGCAAAGUUCUGAUGACAUUCAAACUUCUCAACAUCAUGCACAUCACCAUCCUCUUGGAUGGAUUGGAAAAGCAGAAAAAUGCUUCAAGAAACAAAUAAGUGCAAAAACUACUGAACUUGGAAAGAAUAUGGAUAUGCAACAAAAUCUUGAAGUUGAGCUUCAACAACUCAAAACAUCACUAAACGUGUUGAAGAACUUUGAAGAUGAUGAUGAGGAGGAGGUAGACUUAGAGUCUUUCAACAAAGUUAACGCUUUGGAGAAUGAACUGACAGAAAAAGAAGUGUUGAUUGAAGAACUUGAAGCUUUGAAUCAAGUUUUAAUGACUAAAGAGCGUGACAUGAAUGAUGAGUUGCAGAAUGCGCGAAAAACUUUAAUCAAUGGCAUUGAGGAGUUAUCUGUUCCAACUAAUAUUGCUGUGAAGAGAAUGGGAGAACUUGACAGCGAGCCGUUCCUUGAAGCUAUGAAGAAGAAAUAUAAAGAGGAGGAAGCUGAAGUGAGGGCUGCGAACUUGUGUUCAUUGUGGGAAUUCUAUAUGAAAGAUGCAGAAUGGUAUCCAUUCAAAUUAGUCACUGUUGGUGGCAAAGAAAGGGAAGUUAUUGAUGAUGCGGAUAAAAAGCUAAAUGGGCUUAAGAGAAGCGUUGGUAAAGCGGCAUAUAACGCGGUGGUGGCAGCUCUAACAGAGUUAAAUGAAUACAACUCUAGUGGGCGAUAUGUAACCUCAGAAUUAUGGAACAAUGAUGAGGACAGAAGAGCAACUCUGCAAGAAGGAAUACAAUGUCUGUUAGACAACUCAUCAAACAAAUGCGAGAAGGGAAAAGAAACAAUGGGAAGGUUUGUAUAUAAGUUAUAAUAAUCUAUACAAUGCAUUUAUUUGGGUAUUGCAUUUCCUGUCAAGAAGUUACAUGUGAUUUCUACUUCUAGUAUAUAUUUAGAGUCCCUCAAAUUUCCUUCAAUAUGAUUACUGCUUCUGUUUUAAGUACUGUGUCAUGCUAAUACCGUGUGAAUUACAGGAAGGGAGAUUGAUGAUUAAGGAGAAGAAGAAAAUCAAGAAAGUGCUUAGUUAAGGAAGAAUUUCUUUUGCAUCCUAGUCGUGGGUAAUUUGUUGCUGGUUAGACCUUUUGUUUAUGUAGAUAGCUUAAGGAAUUUGUGCUAUCCUUGAAAUAGUUAACUUAACUAGACAAUUGGGAGAAUCCAACUGCAAAAAUAUUAUCAGCUUUUGUAAUAUCUAUCUCUAGCGUGGGACAAUCAGACUGAUGUUAAAAGCUUUUGUAUAAUCUAUCUCUUGCUGGCAAAAUUAUAACUAAAAUUAUUUUACAUGUCUAUUUCUUAGC